CACGACUGUUCGUACAAGUGAGGUGGCAGCGCGGCGGCGUGCCUUGUCAUGAUGCCAACCGCGCUCCUGCCGCUGACCAAAAGUCCAACCAAGGUCAAGCACCCCCCUCAGCAUGGCGAUGGCCAUUCGUCGCCAUCUCCGCGCAAAGCCAAACAAAUGCUAAAGUCGAGCGAAUUACGAGGACUCGAGUUCACGUCUAGGGACCACGUUAACAUUCUCCCUGGCAACUACGCCGAGUACAACAGCAACGGGACCGGAACCCUGCAAGACAUAUUUCAAUUCGACCAAAAGCUACGGGACGCAGCGCCCAUGGCCCAAUUGCUGCAUCCAAAGUUGAACUUGCACGACUGGAGCGUGGCCAAGCAAGACGGCAAGGCGGAACAAUUGACCUUGUUGGCAUCCAACAAGCUCACGUUUGAGAUUCUAACCAGUGACCGUGGACAACGAGUCGUUUCGUCCCUCGUGAAGCAGUGGGAAGCAGACAAACACUCGGACAAUGGUCGGAGCUUGUGGGCCAUCGUGGAAACGUUCUUCACGUCGCUGCCGUUUGUCUUUGUUCGGGAAGCCGACAUGAACUCCAAACUCGUGCUUCGAUACAUGUCGGCGCUGUCAGCCCUCAAAGAAGUCAUCGUCCAAGGGCUGUUCUGUACCAACGUGUCAGCUGCGAUGGCCGUCACGGCGACGCUAACACCCACGCACCACGAAAAGAUGCCACUGUAUUGGUACUGUCACCAACUGGAACGCGAGGUGCAACUGCUGAAAAACUCGACGUCCGACCAGUCGUGGGAAAUGGUUCACUCGUCCGACAUUGGCCUUCUCCAAGAAGCCACUGCAAACGUUCUGCUGAACUUUUGGAAGCUGCCAAAGCGCGAGCGCCUGGCGGUUUUGGUUCAAGUCUUUAGCAACGUCAGCGAGAUCGACACGGAUUUGGUGCGCGUACUGCUCGACAGCAGCACGUACAUCUUGCAACGCGUGCUCGAGGAUUUGGGGUUUGAAGCGAAAGCGAACAGUCCAACGAAACAACAACCGCCUCAACCUUCGAAACUUUCGACCAUCGGUGCGGUCGUGUCCAUGUCGGUCCAAGCCAGCAACCAAGCGCGGCAGCUACACAAGUGGCGAAAGCACAUGCGCUCCCACGACGACAAACAAACGCUGGAGCCGAUUCCAGUCCGGCACAAGGGUAUCCAGGUCAACGGUGGCGACAUUGAGAUCGAAUGCGCGUUGGGGCGUCUCGACUCGCCUCCUCCGCGAACCCCCAACACCCGGCUACGUCGCUCGGUCAUCGCAGCGGACAAAGGCAUGAAGCUGGUACUCAUGCAGGACUACCAGCCAUUUGGCCGGAAUAACCACCCGCAUUUACUCACCAAGGACAUGUGGACGGUCAGCACGUACAGCGAAAACCUCGUGCACCAUUUGCAUGCGUUCGUUGAGUACUCCAACGACACGACCACUGUGCCUGGAGAUAUUGUGCUUGUGGCCACGAUGCUCUUGGAAUGGCUCAUGCAUGAAAAGAUGAACGCGGCGUACCACGCCAAAGAUGCGUCGAUGGAGGUUUUAGACAGUGUGCACUUUCAACAGUGCGCCAUCGCGCUUCUGGGAUUGUUCCAGACCCAGCCUGACCACCACGUGCCCGACAACAUCAAGAUGCAUGCCACGUCGCUUGUACAAUUCAUCCAACGCCGAAACGACAGCAGUGAUUUCAUUCCACGUCCAAAAGCUACGGUCGAGGCAACGAAUACUGCGGUGACGCCUGCCGACCUUCGGGCAUACUUGCGAAAGGGGUUCCCCGCGGACGUCGUGAAUCAAAUUCUGAACAUCACGAACGAAGAAGUGGGGAAAGAGAAGGAGAGCAAGACGCUGCUCUUGAUCGAGCAAUUGGAGCACCAUAUGUUAGGCAAACUGCACCCACGUCCAGGCGCCACCAAGAAUAACCCUGCGACCCAACCACCGCCGCACCAUCCAGACCCCAUAGGGUUUGGGGAGCUCUCGACCACGGCCUCGCGACGGCAUAGCCACACGUCGACUGUGGUCAAGACGCUCACGGACCAGAUGAAGGCGCUGCUCAUUGACGCAUCGGAUGGAAAGGUCAACGACGACAAAGCGUCGGCGCUGCUGCUAGCGUUUGUUAACCAGCAUAAACGAGAGUCUGAGUUGGGCCACGACCGCGCAAAGAUGCUCAACAUUGAGUCACUGUGCAGCGUGCUGGAAAAGAAGGUCGAGUUGGAGCUCCACGCGGGACCGCUGGACAAAUCCACGCGCGCCCACGUCGCGACGCUGCAGAAAUUCAUCAACAAGCUCGUGCCAGAGGGAUUGCCACGUGGCGGUGCCAAGAUAGCCCCCAAGCCAGGGAGCGUGUCGGAAUUGCAUCAGCUGCUCGAUCAAGCGUUGGCGAAACAGAGCGGAAUCGAUGCGCAAGUCACGACUGUGCUCGAAACCAUCCAAAUGGUCUUGGCGAAAACUCAAGUCAAACACAAGGGGGCGUCGUUGGACACUUGCCUGCAUACGAUGGUGGACGCCCUGCAAGCUAGCGGAGAUGGGUGUUUGGUCGCAUUUUGCAGUGGAUUGGAAGACCUUGUGGCGAUGUUGAAGGUCCUUGCGUCGGCAGGUUCAACGGGCAAUGAUGGCCCCGUUGCAAAUGGCAGUGGCUCCAACGACAAGUACAUGAGCUCAGCUAACAAUGGCUCUACUGGCAUUGGCCCCGGAGGGUCUCCCAUCGCAAACAUUGACAGCGUCGUCAACGAUCCUCGUAUCAACGCGAUACCACUUUGCAUCGUGGAUUUGUCGAAGCAACUGAAAUCCGUCGUCGACAGUGCAGCCCUCCACCAACGAUCAUCGCUUCAAGACAAUGGGGAACCCAUUGCGAGUACGAAAAGUGGCGCGCUUCUCCCGACGACGCUGCGUCACCCAAGCCUAAAGGACGACAGCCAGCCCGUGGCCCAACGGGUUCGAAAGGUCCAGGGUGGAGCCCAAGCAGCUGGAAACCUGCCUGAAACGUUGUGGGAAAACACCAAACUCAAAAAGCCCAAUGUGCUGGGCAUUUCCGCCACGGAGUUGUCAGAGAUGUUUGUCGAUAACAAGACCGUGUUGAACAUUGGCACAGUGCACAAACUCAUCUACCAGGUGUACUGCGAACGCUACGAGUGCAAUUUAACCGAGCAAGACAACCCCAACUCGACAGCGUUCAUCGAUUUUGUCUAUGAUUGGUACUUGAGAAAAUAUGGGCUCCGCAAACUGGCAAUGCAGCACUUGUCCAAAUUGCUGCUGUCGCUCAAGAAAUUGAAAAAGAAGAGCAAGAAAGCAGUGCUGUUUUGUCGGUUUCUCGGGCUAUUGCCGCCGUUGUUUGACUACAGCGCGCUCAAUUUUGCACUGGGGUUGUUAAACGUGUGGACGAACGGCACGUUUGCAGUCUUGUCCACAGCCAACCCCGUGCCGCUCUCGACCAUGUCGAUCAUCUUGGACGACGGCUACGAUCGGCGGUUUGGUCCGUUUUGCACGACGUCGUUCGUGAAGGAGCGGCUGACCCGCAAUGCUUGUGCGGACGACCCAACGUCCAUUGACCAAGACGUAGCCCUGGAAAUUGCACUGGAAGAAUACGUGAAGAUGAAAUCAUCCGUGGAGGCGAUGCUCGAAGAUAUCUACAAGGCAGGAGAUAUCAGCGGGGACGACACGAUGAGCUUUGACGAGUUUGCGACAGUGGUGCGCAACUUGGCUCCGUGUGUGUCAGAUCGCGAGAUCGUGAAAAUGUUCAAAGAAGCAUUGUUGGACCCAACAUUUGUUACAAUCACCAAGCAACGGUUUGUGAAUGUCGUGAUUGACCAAGGCGUGCUGUCCAGCCGCGUCAACAAGUUCAAAGUGCCCACGUCCGGCGCCACCAACUCGUCGACGUUCCCCGAAUACGAGAACGAGCAAUUUGAGCUCUUGGAAGAGUCAUGGCGGAGCCACGAAGCGGACAUUGUCAAGACCAUCGAAAGCAUUCCGCACAAGGAAACGUCCGCGUCGUUGCUGCUACGCGUCAAGAUUCUCAACAUGAUUAUAGCCAAACGCAUCGACUCGGAGACCGCGUGGCUGUCGCAUCGCAUGAUCCUGCGUGACGUUCAUCGGUUCAAAGACUUGAACGAAGGCGCGAUCAGCGAGAUCAAGCAGAAGGAGGAGAACUUCAAGGAAGCAGUUACGCGCAUCAUGAAAUUCAAGUUUGGACUGUUCACACAAACCCAUGCGCCGCCAGAGCCUGCCGCCGACGGCCUCGGUGUGGGUGACCGACUGAGCUCCGGGGUCGUCGACUAUGUCCAGCACAUGGACGAAACCAAGAGCAGUGCGAAGGACGAUGACGACAUCUCUCGACUCGAAGAGUCGUUGCGGUCGGAGAUGCUAAACAUGACCGACGGGGCGUCCAGCGACAGCGUGCUCGAAUCACAGCUCGACCAGUACGACAACGCAGUCAAGAAAGUACGACGCAUGACCAUGCACAAAGCUACCAACGCCGUCAAGAAACUCGCCACAGUGAUGAAGAUGGCGAAGUUGAUGGGGGGGUCCCCCAGCCCCCCCAUUCCCACGCUGAGUGAAGACGUUGAAACGCUCGACGCAGACGAAAAUGUCGAUUUGUAAUAAACAUCCACGGAAACAUCCCUGGAUUCGAAAACCUCUUAAAAGAUAUAUACACA